CGGGGUUCUGUUGGCCACGCCCCUUCGCCACUCUCAGUGGCCCAUUCGGCUAGCAUUCCGGCUGCCAUAGUUACGGAGACUGUGCUGAGCAUCCUUCCUGGGAGAGUCCCGACUAGCUCCCUGCAACUCUCCCUCCGCUGCAGCCCGCGCCUCCCCAUCUGGCCGGUGGGGGGGGGAGAGAGAGGAGCGCCCCCUCGAUGCCUCCGCGCAAGGGGUUCCUCUGCGUCCUGGAGCUGCACAUCCGCGCGGUAACAUGCCCGGGAGUGACACUGAAAGCCAGAGAGGACCUCUACAUCAGUGCCUGCAUUUUGGGACAACAUAAGAAGACUUCAUCUGUCCGUGCAAUAUUUCCCCUUCUAUUUGAUGAAAAGCUAAUAUUUGAAAAGGUAUAUACUGAUGUAGUUGACCCAGGAGACCUUGUUGAACUAUUUGAACUUGACACCGCAGUGCUUGAAUUGAUACAGACUGUUCCUCCAGUGGGAGAGAUUCUAGCCACAUAUGAAGAAAAUACAAGAGAUUUCCUUUUUCCUGCUCCCAAGCUAAUGUGUGGACAACGAGGGUCAGUUCAUGAGGUUUUAAUGAAGAAGACUUGUGGUUUUACACACCAAGAUGUGGCAAACAAAUAUACGAAUAAUGUCUCCAUUGCCUGUAUCAAGACGUUUGAAAGUGAUGGAAUUGCACCAAAACUGAAAUUUUCCACAAAUUGUCUUAUUUCUGAAAGCCUGGUACAUUCCAAAAAAGCUCAAAAGCAGGAUAACUUAGACUGGCUGCACCAUGCAUCAAAAGAUGGAACGCCGCAGAUCAGGUCAUCAAAAAAGAAGACUCCUUCGCCCGAGAGAAACAGGCCCUGCUUAGCAACAAAAACCUACGAGCAGCCCACAAUAGCCUCUCUUUCUCGAUCACCAUCUCCUUACACAAAAAGGCGGAUGUGUGAACUCGAGCAAGUCAGACAACGCCUGGCCCAUCUAGACCUAGGACCUUUUGAUUUUAGAAAAGAAUCAGAUAGACCUCCAUUUGUAAUACGGCAGGCUGAACCAUUGCCUCCUUCACCUGAUGUUCAUACUUGGUGUCGCCCUAGAAAGAAUAUAAAAGAUGCUUGGUCUGGGACAACCUGUGAUCCUAGUCUCCUUGGCAGCUACAGACCCAAGAAUCCUAAAAUUAUCAGGUCAUGUUACGAGAAAGACUUUGGUGGCUUUUCUGACAGCUAUGAUGAGCGUUUGAUUUCGAGUGUAGCUGGUAGGCAGUUCCACCCAACUCGUCUGCUAAUGCAUUCGGCACCUCCAACAUUACAGAAGUAUUAUUCAACUCCCAUGUUAAAUUGCUUUUCUCUUAGAGAGAGGUUUCGUUCUGGUUGGACCACACCAGCGAAUGGAGAAGAGAUCCAUAAACGAGUGAAAGAUAUUUUAACGACUCACAGUGCAAGGCAAAGGCUAACUUUUGAUGAGAGUUGUUUGCCCAAAGCUGAUUCCGCUAAGACAAGAGACUCCAGUAAAAGAGGAGAUUCCAAUAAGCAAGAAGACGUUUCGUGCCUAUACUCUUUCAGCAACAGUGAACUUCAGAGCAGUUCAUCCAUACGGCAGAGCAACAUGGUUCAUCUGAAUAAUGAUGACUAUUGGACCAGUCAAGCUGCUGAGUAUAAAUGCAAACCCCACAGAGCAAUCUUUGAAGACAGUCUGGAGAAAAUCUAUCGAAAUAUGUAUAGAAAAGCUUCUGAGUCCAUUUCAAAGAAUAAAUAAAUACUUGAUAGUGACACAGGUAAAAAUGAACAGUAUACAAGAUCAGUAUUUUUAAUGAAAAUGUUGUUUGUCUUGCAAAUGUUUGUAUUCUAUUUUUUUUUACCUACAAUGUUUUUAUAUGGCUUUGUGAAAUUCUGAGGCUGGGACUCCCAACAGGGAAACAAAUAAAAUCUGGAGGAUUUUAA